GUUCGUCGUGUGACCGGACGACAAACAGCAAGACGAUGUUCUUGAGCUCGAUGAGAUUUGUGUAUUAUCGAACGUGUCUAUUCUGACCGUGCGUCGGGUGUCAGUUCAUGGCGUAUUUAUGAUGCCUUCCAAGUUCUUCGUGGCGGAAAGGAACAGCGAAUCUCGUUCCUGAAUGCAACAAUAUUUUUCUCAUUGCCUCACAUGGUAGAGAAUAGAAACAGUAGAAUAACUUAUAGGAUAUCUUUCUAAAUCGCAAAAAUAGAUAUUCCAGCAGACGUCCGGCAAGGACGACAUAGAACUUUCGUGCACUUCCACUGUGGUCGAUUGCUCCCAAACGCAAAAAUUAUUGCGCCCCUCUUUAAGAGCGCAUAUCCCAAGCCCGCGUCACGCGUUGCCUCGCGUUUGUGAGAGACGAGCCGCUUCGAGCCGUGAAACUCUUCGCAGGUACAUCACAAUAAGUGCUAUAGCAUAACUGUGAAUCAGCAGACCGCAGUACUAGACCUCGUAUUCAUUUCUUCUGGUUUUCUUCUAACUCUGACGAUAUGCAUCACACCAAAACGCACAGCACGAAGAUUGGCAGGACUUGUAGUCCGGCGGUGUUGCGCUAACCUCGACAAUGAGCACGCCACAGCAGCAGGACGAGCGGGACGACGUUUUUCGGCGUCUUGGCCUGGCCACGGAUUCGGAAUUCGAAAAUCAGCAGAAGCAGAGUCGGUCGCUUUUACUCCGAAACCAAGCCUCCGUAAGCCGGACCAGUGUGCCACAGCCACCAUGUAAAAUAAGUAUAAGAAAUUCGAGUUGUGACUGAUGGUUCUCUUCCAAAAAAAACGACGAGCAUAAUUCAAGCAACAACGAUUCAUUACCGGAGUUCUUUCUACAUGUCACUGCCUCGGUGCACAUGAUCUACUUUGCAAAAAACAAACAGCACUGCGACCUGGCGGCGCACCAUCGUCAUCCAUGUAUCCGCCACAAAUGGGAGCGCCAGGAGGUGGCGACUCUGCUGCUUCAUCUUCUGGCUACGCUUCCCAAUAUCAACCUUCGCAGCAGCCCUUCAGCGUUGGAAUUAGUGCUCCUUCAAGUUACCAGCAGCAGGCCAGCAGCGCAGCGUCAAACUACUCUGCCUACCAGCAGCAACGGGAACAACUAGCACAGGCCCAGGCGCAGCAGAACCAGAUGCUAGCGGCAAGGAGUAAACUGUACCAGCAACAGCAGCAACAACCAGGUGUGCACCUGCCACGCCAGCACAUGAGCUCAAGCACCUCCGCGGCUUCAGGUUCCGACGGCGAAGAUGCGGACGUUUUGAAGCGCUUAGGUUUGUGCAGCAACGAGGAGUAUGAGCGGCAAUCGCGUGCGGAGCUAACGGACGCCGUGCGGUCGCUGCGCAACAUGCAGGACCGGCUCGGCGGUGGUCUCAUGUGAGGAGGUGAUGUGUUGAGAACUUAUCACAGUUAUCAGCUUCUUGUUCAUCUACUAGGUAAAGAACGACGCCUGAAGCAUUUACUUUUUAAACGUGUUGACCCUUCCGCCUUGCCGCUGUAGGUAGUACGACGCGACCCCGGGUCCUGGGCCGUGACAAACAAUGUACACUUCUUGCGUAUAUUAUCUAUCACUAUCAGGGAUAUCAUCAUACGCACAAAAGAACAGAUCAACAUGAGGCGACUUGACUAGACCCAGAGCGAACGCACGGCACCGUAUGUACUAGCAACUUUGGUCUCGUACUCGUACUCGCUCAUUGUCCAACUCUUCGCCGGCCUACAACAAACUCGAAAUGUUCAUUUAGAAUAAGAGCAAGACCAUACUUUUUUUCGAUCAAGAACCUCCGUCGUCCUCGGAAACGACGAGAGGUGAAACCUUAGCACUGAAAAUGAUCUGGGUCGAUAUCUGUCAAACAAAGUAGGUCGAUCAAUCAGUUGUAAACUCAAAC